UCGCGCGUCGUCUGCUUCUCCGGGGCGCUUGUUUCGUGGUGGAGCGCAAGACGCUACUCUCGUCUAGGUAGCGUCGUCGUUUGGUGAACCUUCUCGUUAAAAAAAAAAAAUUAGGCUACGUUUGGGCGGGUUCGAACCUCAGCGAGGCAAGACGGAGCGCUACAGUGAAGGAUUUCGCUUGGACCACAGACGGGCAUCAUGGUUAAAAGAACAGAUGAGGGCUCGGGGGUUGAUUCAUUGUCGACUUCGUGGACAGCCGACUCCUUCCCUGACGCUUCUCACGAGAUGAAACUGGACGUGCCCACGUUCAUCAAUCCGGGUUUUCAAGACGACGAGAAGAAAGCCAUUGAAGCCAACGGCCACACAAAUGGCACCGUCGCGAAUGGCGCUGCUUACAACCACCCUCCUAUGGAGCUCAAGCCUGUCGCUGACGACGAAAAGUCUUCGCCGACCAUCGAGAGAGGUCAGUGGGGCAGCAAGGCCGAGUUCAUCCUGUCCUGCAUCGGUCUCUCCGUGGGAAUCGGCAACAUCUGGAGGUUCCCUUUCCUGGCCUACCAGAACGGAGGAGGCGCUUUCCUUCUGCCGUACAUCAUUCUCAUGCUACUUGUGGGCAAGCCCAUGUACUUCAUGGAAGUCGCCGUCGGUCAGUUCACCAGCCUCGGCCCGAUGUCGGUGUGGAGGUGUCUGCCCAUCGCCAAGGGCGUGGGAGCAGCCAUGGUUGUCGUGUCGCUCAUCGUGGCCGUCUACUACAACGUCAUCCUGGCCUACACCGUGUUCUACAUGGCUCAGAGCUUUCGCUCGGUGCUUCCCUGGCAGGACUGCUUCGAGUGGUGGGGCGCCGACCCGGAGACCUGCUACGUGCGCACCAGUAACGUGGAGCGCUGCGUGUCGGUGGAAGGAAACCUGGUGCGAGAGUACAUGAACAUCACCAACGUGACAAACGGCGUUCUCAUAGUGGCCAACAACAUGACAGCCGUCGUUCCCACCGAUGUCUUCACUUCCAGAUACGACAACUGCACCAACGCGACCCAGACCGCCAGUCAGCAGUUCUGGGAGCGUUACGUGCUGAACAUCACCAGUGGUAUCGAUGACUUGGGCGUCAUUCGCUGGGACCUUAGCCUGUGCCUGUUGGCCAGCUGGGUCGUCGUCUUCCUGUGCCUCAUGAAGGGAGUCAAGUCCACCGGAAAGGUCGUGUACUUCACGGCGACGUUUCCCUAUCUCGUGCUGAUCAUUCUGCUCGUCAAGGGAGUCACCCUUCCGGGAGCCGUGGAAGGAAUCAAGUACUUCAUCAUUCCCGAGUGGCACAGACUCCUUGAGAUCGAAAUUUGGCGCAAGGCAGCAGAGCAGCUGUUCUAUUCGCUCGGCAUCUCUUGGGGAGGCAUCAUCAUGUUCGGCUCGUACAACAAGUUCAGCAACCCAGUGCACAGAGACGCUCUGUUCGUGAGCACAAUGGACUUCAUCACGAGCAUCAUCGGCGGCAUAGUCAUCUUUUCGGUGCUUGGCAACAUGUCCACCGAACUAGGCAUCGACAUCAAGGAGGUCGCCAAGGCUGGUCAAGGCCUUGCAUUCGUGGCAUACCCGGAGGCACUGUCCAGACUCGUCGUUCCCCAGCUCUGGUCCUUCCUCUUCUUCUUCAUGCUCUUCCUGCUCGGAUUAGACAGUGAGUUCGCGCUGCUGGAGACCUUCCUGACCGCAUUCUACGACGAAUUUCCGAGGUCCAGGCGGUACAAGGUUCCUCUCACCUUCGGAAUCUGCGUGCUGUGCUUCCUCGUCGGUCUGCCCUGCGUCACACAGGGUGGGCAAUACGUCCUGAAUCUUAUGGACACCUACGCUGGAGGAGGCGCUGUUCUGUUCAUCGCCAUUUGUGAAAUCGUAGGGCUCAUGUGGUUUUACGGUGUGAACCGCUUUUGCGCCGAUCUGAAGCUCAUGCUGGGGCACGACAUCGGCUGGUACUGGAAGGCAAGCUGGCUCGUCUUCUCGCCCUGCAUCCUCGGGUUUCUGUUCAUCUACGGUCUAGUCAAGCACAAACCAAUCAUGUACGACGACAUCGUGUCCUACCCGACGUGGGCCGAUGGCAUCGGCUGGCUCCUGGCCAUGCUGUCCAUGGCACAGAUCCCCAUCUGGGGCACAGUCAUGCUGCUCAAGAACUGGAAGAAUCCCAGAAAGGCAUUCCAGCCAGAGCGAAAGUGGGGCCCCGGAGACCCCGUCGAGAUGCAGCUCUACCACGCCCAUAACGGCGGUGUCACGAACCUCGGCUUCCAGGGCAGCGACACCUACCGCUACUGAUGAACCAAAGACGUCCUUCGUAUGCCACUGUCACGCUCCCACUAAUGCGGCACUGGCUGCGACAAUAACCAUAUAGGCUCAAACACGCGACGCCCAUUCGUAAGCUGCAGGGCUCCCGACAGGGUACAGUUUUGCCACACAGCUAUAAUCUUCGGCAUUCUUGUGUAAUGAUGAAGAUUAACACAUUUACGACUGCGGUAGGGUUAUUACCAGAAACGCCCGUUUCGUGAUUCGUGCGUUCUGUAUAGCGUUCCUGGCACUACAAAGCAUCGGGUACGCAGCGCUCAAGUGAUCUUACACACGCACCAGAUUUAUUCGAAUAUUGAAUCCAAGAGAUCGCAUUUGGUUUCAUUACCUCAGCACAUUCAAACAAUACGAGAGACUAUGGUCAUGCAGUAGCGUUCCUGGCGCAAAGGUAGUGAGCCCCUAGUGCGCAUCAUCAAAGUAUUAGCACAUGCUCACAAAGCAUUCAUUAGGAAAAAUAGCGGUCGCAGUAUUAAUGCGCAUUACUAAUGAAGAUUGCCACUGUGUGACAGAAUUGCUCCUAAACGAAGGUGUAAGUUAUAAGAGCGAAAGAAACGUUAUUCGGAAAUACAUGUAACCAUCAGCACUGUCACAAUGUUGCUCACAUCAAAUGUUGCACAAAUAUCAUUCACAAAAACUAACACAAUCAUUGAAGGCGACGUGAGAGACUGUGCUUGUGUAACAAGACUCUGACGAACAUGUGGCACGUUUGUAUGUGUCUGUCGCGGGCUUUCUGUACAUAGUCUACAGAACGACAUAGUGUGCACUUGUCUGCAGUGUAGAGCACCUACGUGAGGUGUUCCACGUUAAGCAGAAAAGAGAGGAAGAGGCGCGGUGAUUCCGUCCCCAUAGUGUACCUGACUUCACGGUAAAUGCACGUCGUUUGGCGUUGCUUUCAAUGGCCAAGUAGCGUGCGAGUCUUUUGUCGGGGUCCCACUCUCAAAGCCCAUCAUGUGCGACUCCGGACGCACACAAAAUGUAUAAAAGGUGUGAACGUUUCACUACUCUGACAUCACGCACUCGCAUUCAAAAAAAAAAAAACAUUGCGCCACGUUGUACGUUUUACACUGAACGUUUUCCGUAAAUUUUCAACGUGAAACACGAUUCCGUGAAACAUUUCCGUAAACCGUCCACGUAAAAGCUGCUUCUUUGAAACUUGCCGUGAAACUCUUCCGCUACCACUUCGGUGCGGUUCCCUUUCUGUCACUUGAUCCUGCAUGUCAGCUACGACGUUUACUGGGCCGAAUGCGCAGCGACUUCCUGUUAGGAGGCAACAAAUGUGAUUCCUGAGGGCACCAUAGUGCACCUGCACGCUGGAGACAUAGUUCUGGACUUGGGCAUUGGAAUAACGUAAGCUUUUCAAUCGAUCCAGUUACUUGUACCACUUAAUCACUUUUCAUCGCCGCAUGAUGUUCAAUCAAGUGCCCACCGUCAGUCAGUCACGUUUGCCUUCUGUUCGAGCAUAUUGUUUGUAAGUUACACCUAAUUAUUCACGAUGUGCCUCAUCAUGACGAAUCAUUUGCAUUUCACGUAUUUCAAUUGCUUCAUCUAUGUCACUUGUACUUAUUGCGAUAUUUAGUCUACGCUGGUCGGAGCACGGAGUGACGACGGCUCGUGCAGUGCUUUUCCAACGCCGCAGGAGUACUCCCUUGCCCGUUCUGUACUAGUCUGUGUGUUUUGCGGCUGAAGCCAAAGCCAAAGCCAGCCCUUAAAGCGGUUCUUAUACUGACUUUGUGCUCCACUGGCCAUAUUAGUUUUUGUUGUAUUUCUAUAUGUUUUUACCCAUGCGAAUCGAGAUGAUUUUUAGCCUUUGAGUGAUAUUUUACCUCAAUCAUUAGGGACCUCACUGUUCGACGAACCUUGUCAUCGCUGAAGAUAAGCAGGGAAUUGGAAACCUACAGACAUCCAAUGGACUGCUGUGUUUAUGUACUAAUGAGUGACAAAGGACAUCACCCUCAUAACGGCACCUUAUUGGACUUUGGUUUCUGUACUUUGAAUCAUGUAUAAGAAGUGUUCCAAACCGAAGUCCUCUUACAACUUGAUAUUGAAAUUCAGUGCACCCGUAAUGUUGCCUUGCUAAAAUCGCCGCACAAUUGUUUAUCUUGAGCAAAAGCGACGUUGAUUCUCUGAUAGCGAACACGUUUCUUCUUUAAAGGAUUCUUGGCAUUUCGUUAACACGUACGCUGUUUUUACACGUUUUCCGAUGUCCGGUCGCGCGCAGGUUCGCGCGAUUUAGCAGCUAGGAAACACAAGAUUAAUGUAUGUACAUAGAUGUAAGAUAUGCAUGUCUAUUGACCUAUUUAUUUUUGGUGUUUGAUUGUCUUAUUGAAUGAACUUUAAUGGCAAAUAUAUAGUGUUCCUAAAUAAACUA